CUCAGCUCGGGCUAAAUCUGUUUUCCCGAUACUGAGUAACUCGAAUGCUCUCCCAUUGCCCCAUUGCGACUAUUUUCAGAUGAAAUUUACAAGUCACUCUCGACAUAAAUAUCGCUGCCUAUUAUGCCAGCCGUCUUCAUUGCUCCUUUCUUUGUAUUGCAGCGCGGUCUUCUCUAGACGUCCCCAUAAUCUAUCGGAAGCUCCUAACGCAGAAUGUUAUACUCAUCACCCAUGACAACCUCGAUUUACAACCCACGUUUGCGCCUGCUAAAUGCUCUUCGAGCCACUUCGAAGCCUAUUAUGACCUUUUUAGGGCUUCCGUCCUUUCGCACAGCCCAAAUCGUAGCUCAGACCGGCGUUGAUGGCAUAAUCAUCGAUUGUGAGCAUGGCCAUAUCAGCGACGAUUCCAUGCACAGCGCAACUGCCGCCAUCGCUGCUUUGGGAGUGUCGCCGCUUGUUCGUCUUCGAAUGACUCACGCAGAUUUGAUUAAACGAGCUUUGGAUGCUGGUGCACACGGCAUCGUUGUACCUCAGAUCAAUACGGCCGAAGAAGCCAGGACAGUUGUCUCUCAUUCAAAAUUCCCUCCACAAGGGCUUCGAGGACAAGGCUCAGCGUUUCCAGCCAUCGCUCAUGGCACCGACAUCGCGACAUACCUGGAAACAGCGAACGAAACGCUCAUCACCUGUGUUCAAAUUGAAUCGAAAGUGGGGGUCGAGAAUGUUGACGCUAUCUGUGCUGUACCUGGUGUCGAUAUGAUUUUCAUUGGGCCGAAUGACCUUGCCCUAUCAGUCCUUGGUUAUCUUCCUGCAAAAGAAACCGAGCCUGAAUUUGUCGACGCCAUAGAAAAGAUCGUAACUGCAGCCAGGAAGCAUGGGAAAUGGGUUUGUCGAUUAUCAAACAACGGGGCUUUGUGCAAGGAGCAUCUGAAAGUGUUUGAUACUGUGGCAAUGAGUUAUGAUAUUCGGGCGAUUCAAAACUGGUAUACAACUGAAUUGCAAGUUGCGCGCUCGUGA